AGUCCUUCGCGAUCACUCUCGAAAAUCGCGAAGAAAUUUCACCCAUAACCCGCGAACCUUUGCUUCUCAGCACUAAUUUGUGGAGAUAAAUUUGUGCCCAAACGAGAUCACUGGAAUGUUCGGCCUUGGGCUCCUGGAAUCGGCGUUUCCUCGUUCUAUGGGCUUCGCGUGGGGUCCAAGAUUUCGGGGGGAAAAGAUAAAAAAGUCGCUAUUAUGGCCUCUUGCCUUCGAAAUUUCAACGGAAAACUGGUGCGUCGAGACUCGAGACCCAUCUCGGGGUGGUUCUGAGAGUUGUCUCCGCGGACCGAGCCGAAGAACUGCCAACGCUGUUGUCGCAGCAGUCAGAAUUGAAAGCUUUUGUUUUCAUUCUUAGGUAACUUACCGCGCGGUCUUCCAGAAGUUCGUUGCGGUACCUUACAGGUUCCCUUUCAGGGUCCAGAGCACCUGCCUAAUGCUUCAACUCCAAAUGUCCACAACGCCGGCUAAGAUAUCCUCGGCGUUAGACGGCAUGACCGCAUCACGGAAGAUCAGGCGCUCCUCUAGAAAGGACCCUGAGCCGGAUGUACUGCGUCACGAGGCCAACUUUUUUUUUCCUUGUAUGGACCUGACUCGAAAGUCGGUCGUGAUAAUCCCGCCACGUACUCGUGUAGGUGCAUCAUACGUAAGGGCCACCGGCACAGGUUUCGGCCCUUGUGGACCAUUGGAACCGACUUCUCCCCGCCCACUAUGCACUCCCCCCGCGCUUUCCCCCGCUUUGCCCGGCGUACAAAGCUUCUUAGCUGUCCACAUAAGCUUGGGGGCGAAGAAAGCGUUCGGCCAUACCACGCCAACUCUAUCAACCAGUAGAAUAGUCUUCUCGAACUCCAUCCUUUUUUUUUCAGCUCCUCCUCCCUCUCCCCCCUCUUGAGGUCACGCGGGACCUGGAACCACGCCACGAACUUUCUAGGGAUCCUGAUGGUCUUGCUGCAACGACUAUAGCUCCCUCUGGUUUCCUGCUUCUGGGGUUUUAGUAUAAGGCUCCUGGAAUCAUCAUAGUAUCGUUCCCUUCUCCAGAGAUACUUACGGUAUUUCUUCGCAACUGCAGAAAUUCACUUGGGCUCCUUUCUUCACUUCAGCUCCCCUCAGUUCACGAUACUGCGUUCUGGAGAACCCCAAUACGCAAAUAGCCUUCUUGCUUUCAUAACGAUGGUUCUCCUUGAAUCCAUUCUAAUCCCUGUUGCUACCCUGGGUUAUUGCUCCGGUUUCGCAGCUGCUUACGUCGUUUCCGGACACUCUACCGACGCUCGACAGUUCACCAUUUCAAAGGGUGAACCCCUGCCCUACGUUCAUGACUCCACAACGUGGUAUGAGGCCUCAACACGGCCCGUGAAGAAUCUUGAAGAUUGGAUCGAUCUUGAAGAAGGUCUCGCUUUUAAGUAUCUUCUCGAUAAUAUCGCCCCUGGUGGUACCAACACUAAAGGGUGUCGGGAUGGAACGGUCAUUGCCUCUCCCUCUAAGGCUUUCCCUAAUUAUUUCUACCAGUGGAUUCGUGACGCUGCGAUAACUGUUCAAGGCAUCGUCAAUGAAUAUAGAAAAUCGGAGGAUUUGGCGUUGAGGGAUAUAGUUGACCGCUAUGCGGAUAUGCAGGCUGAGAUACAGGAGACAUUUAACCCGAGUGGAAGCUUUGCUACUGGUGGACUUGGCGAACCAAAAUUCAUGGUUGACGGCACCCCCUUUACCGGGUCAUGGGCGAGACCUCAGAGAGAUGGACCUGCCCUUAGGGCUCUUACUCUCAUGAACUUUAUUAGAGUAGUUAACCAAACAAAUCCGGAGCUCGUCACCUUACAGUGGAUCAACAAACUCUACAAUCCCGAUCUUGCAGCAAACUCUAUUGUAAAAUCCGACUUGGAGUAUGUAUCUCAUCACUGGGACGCCAUCGGAUUCGACCUCUGGGAGGAAAUUUUGGAUUUACACUUCUUCACUGCUCUUGUUCAGCAUAAAGCAUUAGUACAAGGCAGGGACCUUGCUCUGUCUCUCGAUGACCACGGAGCUGCCUCAUGGUAUGAUGGUCAGCAGGUGGCGUUGAAGCGCUUCAUCAAGGCCGAGUUCUGGGAUGGACGUAAUGGACACCUGAAAGCAUACCAACACACCCCCUAUAGAUCUGGACUAGACUGUGGCAUAAUGCUUGGCUCCAUUCAUGGUGGUCACAGUGACUUGUACCCCCCGUGGUCCGACGAGGUGCUUGCUAGUACUCAAAUGUUUAUUAACCAAAUGCAGAAUUUGCAUCCCAUCAAUAAGCGAAAGCCACCUUACUAUCCUGAGGACGAGAGACUCCGGGGUGUUGGUAUUGGAAGAUACGUCGAGGAUAUUUACGAUGGUGUCCGCACCAGUGAAGGCAAUCCUUGGUUCCUUUGCACCUCGAGUGUAUCUGACAUUUUCUACACUGCCAUCUCGCACUUUAUCGACGAGGGUGAAUUCCACAUCACCCGCACCAACCGCCCCUUCUUCGACAGGCUCCACCCUGCCGGAAGAGCCAAGCUUGGGAGGGUCAGCUCGGGCGAUUCCGACUUCCGCAACUACUUGCAAGCCAUGUUCACAUAUGCCGACAGUUUCCUCAACGUUAUCCGCUACCACACGAAAGCAGAUGGCCGACUGAGCGAGCAAUUCGACAAGUACGACGGAUUCCAGAGGGGAGCUCACGAUCUUACCUGGAGUUAUGGAAGCUUCUUGAUGGCGGUUGAUAAGAGGCAGACAGCUAGGAGGGGGUUGUUUGGUUCGAAGUACUAGGAGUACCGUUUCCAGUGUAUGCGUCAUUAGGAUGGGAACGCCGUCACCAUUUUCAGGAUUGUGGAGUUUUGUUGUUUUCGGUCUUUAUUCUCAUCUGCGCAGAAUUACCGUACUGCUUUUUUUCUGUUUUAAGGAUUACCCCACAUAGGUUUGCAUUCGCUCUCAUGAAAAUGGCGCAUCAAGGAGACUAGAAAGUGCUCAAUAGAGCAAAGUUUGGAUUUC